AUGGAUGAUGUUUUAAAUGAAAACAAAAGAUUAGCAGUUGAAAGCAAGAAAGUGGCUGAUCGUGAAAAGAUUCUCGAGAUGCGUGUAAAGAAGUUAGAAUCUGAAAACAAGUCUUUACUGAAGAAGAUAGAUACCGAUCAGACAGAGAUUGAUUUCUUGAAAGUGAGGGUGGCAGAGUUGGAAGAGGAAAAGACACGCCGAGAUGAGCAAAACAAAUAUUUUGAAUUAAAGAACAAAGAACUUGAAGCUGCGAAAGUGUUAAAAGAGCACGAAUUCUAUAUGAUGAACAAAGUGAUAGAAAGUAUGCUUGGGAAGUCAAUAGAGCAAAGAUUUGAAGAAAUUCAAGUUGAAGAAGUCAGAGCUAAGCGCCAAGCUGAGAUUGAAGCUCUAAUGAAAGACAAAGGCAAGAAUGCUGAAGGCAGUGUUGCAAUAGCUGAAAGAUUAAUCGUUCCAUCUUUAGUCGUUGAAAAUCCUGUUCCUAUUUCUGCUAUCUCUGGUAUCUUUGAAGAAGAUGUAUCACUUGAAGAUCUUGCUGGUAAUGACGAUGAAGAAGAUGAUGAGGAGGAUGACGAUGAAGGAGAUGAUGACGAAGAAGAUGACGAUGAUGAAAAAGUGUUUUCUGCUAGUAGUCAUAGUUCUGAUGAUGACAAUGACGACGAUGACAAUCAGGGUAGUACUGGUAUUACAGUGACUAAAGCUUCAAAUGAGCAAAAUGUUGAAGAUUUAAUGAAAGAUGAUGUGAAUGAAGAAACAGAGGGAGUUGAUGGAAAGGGGGAGCAUGGUGAUGAUCAAAACGUCGAUCAAACUGAAAAGUUGAUUCUGAGAUUAGAACCUCAUGUAGAGGAAGGUGAGUUCAGACAUACGUAUACAAUGGCUGAUAUUAAAGAAAUGACGCGUAUGGUAGAUCCAGAUUUCAAGUUUGAUUUUGAAGAUGAAUUGAAUGCGUUCGACAUCAACCAACAACCUGAGUACGAAUACAAGUAUGUUGAAGAUGCUGAUGUGUACGACAGGGUUAAGGUUGAAGACUGUUCUGAUGAGGAAAGUAUGAAUGAAGAUACUUCUCAGUUUCCAACACUGAUGGAGUUCUUUAGUGAAGAAAAUAGAGAUGAAUUAAGGAGGAAAGUCGCUGAAAUUUUGAAAGACAAGAAUUUCGAUGGUACUCCUAAAGAUAUGUAG